AUGGCCGAGCUGCCGCUGCCCGCCGGGCUCGACGCCCGCACCUUCCCCGCCAAGCUGUGGCGCCUGGCGAACAGCCCCCGCGUCCGCUCCGUGCGCUGGGACACCCAGGGCCGGGGGCUGCUCAUCGACCGCGCCCUCUUUGAGCAGGAGCUGCUCAGCCCGCCCGGCGUCCAGGGGCCGGCCCCGCGCACCUUCAGAGCCACGCAGUUCCGCAGCAUCGUGCGGCAGCUGAACCGCUACGGCUUCUACAAGGGGCGGGGCCGGGCUGGCGCGGCUGUGCCGGGCGAUGCCGGGGCCAUCGUCCACUAUGGGAACCCCUGGCGCCGGAGCACGGCCAGCAAGCACCGCCUGGCGCCCGGGCCGGAGCGGCGCAGGCGCUCGCCCUGCGGCUCCCAGCAGCGCCCCCGGCAGCGGCCGCGGCCGGCGGGGCCGGAGGGGCGCGGGCGGUUCCAGGCGCUGCCUCGGGAGCGGCCGCCGCUGCCGGCGGGGCGGCCGCCCAGCGGCUUCUUGCCCCUGCACAGGGAGCGGACGCUGCCGGACGGGCGGGAGCUGCGCAGCCGGCGGCCCAGCCGCUUCCAGCAGCCCCCCAGAGAGCGGCCGCUCCUGGCCCGGCACCCGCCCUGUGGCUUCCACCUCCUCCACAGGGACCGGCCGCAGCCGGCCCGGCGGGACGGGCCCAGCCGCUUCCAGGAGCUGUACGGGGAGCGGCCGCUGCCUGCCGAGCGGGAGGUGCCCAGGAUCCCGCCCUGCGAGCUCCUCGGGCUCUGCGGGGAGCCGCUGCUGCCGGUCAGGCGGGAGGGCCUGAGCCGCCUCCAGAAGCUGUACGGGCUGCAGCCGCCGCCGGCCGGGCUGCCGCCCUGGGCUUUCCAGCAGCCCCACAUGGAGCGGCCGCCUCCGGCCGGGCGGGAGCUGCUCAGGAUCCCGCCGGGCAGCUUCGAGCAGCUCCAAACGGAGCAGCAGUCCCCAGCCUGCAAGCCGUCAGCCACACCGGACAGUUCAGCCUCCAGUGCUCCACCUGGCAGUGCUGCUUGUGCAGCAUCGACGACCUCCAGCAAGACACGGAAUGCACCUGGGCAAGAGGAAUUGCCUUCAGCGGAUCUGGGCCUUCAGGUCGAGGCAAUGAUUCGGGAGAUGAGGAGAUCCGUGGCUGAAAGGUCUCCCUUUGCUCAGGGGAAUGCUAAUGUUGCUGCCGAGUCUUCAGGAGGGGAGGCUGGGAACAGGGCUGCAGCAGAGGGAGCUUCGCCUGGCACCGAGAGCUGCAGGAACAGUUCCCCAGAGCCCGAGGAGCCUGAUUCCAUCUGAUUGACCUCUCCAGGAGAGCUGUCCUGAGUGGGAGGAAGAGACAGAGGGAGAGCCUGCGAGAAGAUCGGGCAGGUGCAAUCCCUCUGUCUAUAGUGAUAUUGAUAGAUGUGUAUAGUUAUAUUUAUCUAUCUCUGUAGUUAUAUUUCUAGAUUUAUACAGUUGUAUAUAUAUGUCUAUAUAGAUGAAUUUAAAGAUCUGUAUAGAGGUAAGUUUCUAUAUAUAUUUAUGUAUAUUGUUUUAUUUAUGUAUGCAUAGUUGUAUUUCUAGAUCUGCGUAGUGACAUUUUUGCAUGGGUACAGUUGUAUUUAUAUAUAUGUAGUUAUGUUUAUAAAUAGUUAUAUGUGCAUAGUUAUAUAUUUGUAUAGUUAUAGGUGUAUGGAGCAUUAGGUACAUAGAUUGAUAUCUGUAUAGGUAUAGGCAGCUUUUUU